CUGCCGCUGCCGCUCCCCUGGCUGCUUGGAUUUAGCGCUUGUUUGAUUCCCUGCAGGAGAAAAGGAGAUUAAGGGAGGGGGGGCACGGAAUGUAGGAAUAAAUAAAAUUAUAUUUAAGGGUGGAAAAGAUCAAAGAGGAAAAACAAUCAUUCUCUCUCUUUCUCCAGACACGGAGAAAUUUUUGCUCCUCUUGUUUUCUGGUUUAUUCUUUCCUCGGGAGUUGUCAUGAAAAGGGGGAACGUAGAGGCCCUGCGAGAUGAGCCUGCCCCUGGGCAACCCCGCUGCUAGGAUGCUCUUUGUUAUGGCUCUGGCCUGUGCCAGCCCCUUUCUGGACCUACGGCGGCGAACCAUCAACAUCCCCAUCAUUUUCAGUGGCUCCACAUACACACCAGAGAGUGCCCGGUUCACACCUGAGGACUUCCGCAACUUCUCCAUGGAAAUUAACCCCAUUCCUGUGGUUCUGAAUGACACCAAUCCUCGCAGUCUUAUUGUGCGACUCUGUGAUGUCCUCUCUUCCUUACAUAUCCAUGGGGUCGUUUUUGAAGACGAUACACGAACAGAGGCUGUGGCCCAGAUCCUAGACUUCAUCUCCGCACAAACCUCAGUUCCCAUCAUUGGCAUCAAUGGAGGAUCAGCUAUUGUUCUUACACCUAAGGAGAAAGGAUCAACUUUUCUGCAGCUGGGUUCCUCAACGCAACAACAGUUGCAGGUGAUGUUUGAGGUCCUGGAACAGUACGACUGGACGGCAUUUGCUGUAAUUACCACGCUGUUCCCUGGCUAUGAAGAUUUUGUAGAUUAUAUUGAAGUGUUGACUGACAGCAGUUUCAUUGGCUGGGAGCACCGCAGCACUGUGACCCUUAACCUCACAGAUGACCCAGACGGGGCCCGCCUCAAACGCCAGCUCCGGGAAAUCAAUGCUCGCAUCUGCCUUCUCUACUGCUCCCGUGAAGAAGCGGAAAGCAUCUUCCGUGCAGCUCGUGAAGUCAAGCUUACAGGCCCAGGGUACAUCUGGUUCAUGGCAGGUGCCAACUUUGGUAGAACUGAAUACAUGCCGGAUGAGCUGCCUGAAGGUCUCUUCAUGGUGCUGUCAGCAGGAUGGAAAGAUGAUCUCUAUCACAGAGUACAGAAUGGUGUGGCCAUCAUUGCUAAGGGGGCUGAGGCCCUCUUCCAAGUCUACGGCUCCUUACCAAAAUUCAACAAUGACUGCCGGGCACCCAAUCUCACCCACUUCAACGAGAAUCUCCAUCGGUACUUCAUGAAUGUUACCUGGGGCGACAAGGACUUCUCCUUUAAUGAAGAGGGGUAUCUCAUCAACCCAUCCUUAGCUGUGAUCUCCCUGAGUAAAGACCGAACCUGGGAGGUGGUGGGAAGGUGGGAGCGUAGCAUCCUGAGCAUGUCCCGGUACAGGAAAUUCCUGCAACCUGUGGAUGGCAAUAAGCACCUCAUGGUGGCGACCCUGGAGGAAAGGCCCUUUGUCAUUGUGGACGACAUUGAUCCUGCCACAAAGACCUGCAUCCGUGACUCGGUGCCCUGCCGUCACCCAGUCAACAGCACCAACAGCAAUCAUUUGGAAAAGAGAUGCUGCAAAGGGUUUUGCAUUGACAUUCUGAAGCGGCUCGCUAAAACUCUGGGUUUCACCUAUGAUCUCUAUCUGGUCACCAAUGGCAAACAUGGCAAGAAAGUCAAUGGCAUGUGGAACGGCAUGAUUGGAGAGGUUUUUUACAAACGAGCCGACAUGGCGAUUGGAUCCCUGACUAUCAAUGCAGAGAGAGCUGAAGUAAUAGAUUUCUCGGUGCCCUUUGUCGAGACAGGCAUCAGCGUCAUGGUGUCCCGUAGCAAUGGAACUGUUUCACCAUCUGCCUUUCUAGAACCCUACAGCCCUGCUGUCUGGGUAAUGAUGUUUGUCAUGUGCCUGACUGUUGUCGCAGUGACCGUCUUCAUCUUUGAAUAUUUCAGCCCAGUUGGCUACAAUCGCAACCUCAGCGCCAGUAAACGCACUGGAGGUUCCAAGUUCACCAUUGGAAAGUCAAUCUGGCUACUCUGGGCUUUGGUGUUCAACAACUCUGUGCCUGUGGAGAACCCCAGGGGAACCACCAGCAAGAUCAUGGUGCUGAUCUGGGCCUUCUUCGCCGUCAUCUUCCUUGCCAGCUACACAGCCAACUUGGCCGCCUUUAUGAUCCAGGAGGAAUACGUAGACACAGUGUCUGGGCUCAGUGACCAGAAGUUCCAGAAACCCCAGCAUCACUAUCCGCCACUAAGAUUUGGCACAGUUCCCAACGGAAGCACUGAGAAAAAUAUUCGGAACAACUAUGGGGAGAUGCACGAAUAUAUGGGCAAGUACAACCAGCGUAGUGUGGAGGAUGCACUCCAUAAUCUGCAGACGGGGAAGCUGGAUGCCUUCAUUUAUGAUGCAGCUGUCCUGAACUACAUGGCCCGCAAGGAAGAAGGCUGUAAACUUGUCACCAUAGGAAGCGGGAAAGUCUUUGCCACUACAGGCUACGGCAUUGCGCUACAGAAAGGAUCCAAGUGGAAACGGCCCAUUGACUUGGCCCUGCUCCAGUUUCUGAGUGACGAUGAGAUUGAGCUGCUGGAGCGUCUCUGGCUCUCAGGAAUCUGCCACAAUGACAAAAUCGAAGUGAUGAGCAGCAAGCUGGAUAUAGACAACAUGGCUGGUGUCUUCUAUAUGCUCCUGGUAGCUAUGGGGCUCAGUCUCCUGGUCUUUGCCUGGGAACACCUCAUAUACUGGAAAUUACGUCACUGUAUGAGACACACUGGACGACUGGACUUCCUGCUCGCCUUCAGCAGGGGCAUGUACAGUUGUUGUAGCAGUGAAGAUCCAAAAAUUCCAGACCAGCAACAGUUGCCUAUCCUUAAUCAUACCUAUGGGCCAUCACGUAGUACCGCCCCAGCACUCCCCAGUCCCCCAGGCCCUCCGCUCCCUUGCUCCAGCUUCCUGCCCCGUGAGCGGCGUAUCGUGGAACGGUGGCGCCACGCCCGCAGCCCUAACUGCUACAAAGAUCUCUACCCUCCAACACCUACGGAGCUGCCCACUACCAAACCACCACGCCACAGCCUCAAGAGUCCUUUCUCUGAUGGCUUCCACCGCUUCUAUGGCCCCAUUGAACCCGAAGGGCUCUCUGAUCAUGUCGGUGGGAAAAAGAUGGCUCCCUGUCAGCUCUCUCCACCACCACCUUCCCGUGGCCUGGAAAACCCUCCUUCCUACUUUGCCAUUGUCCAUGAAAAAGAUUCGCCUGACAUGCCGCCAGUGGCAUCAGGCUGGCAACGUAAAUCUCUCCGUGGCUUGUAUGAAAGUUUCCAGUCUGGGAAAGGGGCCAGCCGGACCCCAGAAGUGAAAAAGUACGACUCAUCUAGCGGAUAUGCCACCAAAAGCCCUUGUGAGUUGGAAAGGGGCAGCAGCCGGCCUUUCGGGAAAGAGAGGAGUCGCUACGGCUACACACGGCUGUCCUACGAAGACGAGCGCUCCCCGCCUCUUCCCCGUUACCGGCAUGCCGACGACACACCCCUGCCACGAGCUGAGCCAGAAACCAAAUGCCCAACAUCAUCAAGCCGAGAGAGAAGCUCCCGGGCUCACAUUUGCCGCAGCCAUUCUCACCCACUUGCCGUCGGUGCCAGUCUGCGCAGCCAAAGUCAUUACAUGGAUUUUUCGGACUCAGAUUCUGAUAUCUGUGAGAGGGACAGCGAUGGCCAUAGCUGUUGGUACCAGUCUCCCGAUUACUUCUGCACAUACCCAUCCCGAGAGAGGCAGCUCUUUGCCACCCACAAGCCUCUGCACUAUUGGUCAGCUGACAAGUUGGCUAAGUGCCACGGAUGCCACGGUCCUUGUCAGCACUGCCUGAGCUUGGAAAUGCUCUCACCGCCCACCCCGCCCUGCCGCAAGGAGGCCUUGCGUUACCUGAGCUGCUCCGAGGAGCGUUUGGAACGUCGCCUGGACUGGGAGCACCGCCACUGCAGUCUGUACGGCUGCCUGGCUUCGCAGCAUUGCCAUGGUUUCCAUCGCCGCCGCCACCACCAUUCCUGUGAGCUGGGGCCGGCGGGUGGAGUCCUUCACCCCACCUCCCGCAGUCUGGAGGACCUCAGUUCCUGCCACAUGAUGCGCUGCGGGGCCUCCCACCGACAUCAAGGUGGCUUCUCACCAGAGUGGCUACCACGCCGGGUGAGCCGGAGCGGGGAGCUUUUUGCCCGGCGUGGUUCAGCCCAUUUCUCCAGCCUGGAGUCAGAGGUAUGACCAGUGACAGGUGGGGUGGGAGUGGGUCUGGGGUAAGGAGAGAUGCUUUGGACAGGAAUGACUGGAAAACGAAAAGAGACUGUGCUGUAGUUUUAUUCACCAAGUGGGGACAGAGAUGAUGGUAAUGGCAUUUGUGGCCCAACAUGAGGAACAAAAGCAGUGCUAUGAAGAUGAUGGGGGGGGGGGGAGAAAAGUGCCAUGAAUGAACCCACCAGGACAAAAAGGGCAUGCAACUAGGAUACUAAUGGAAAGAUAUGACCUAUAGCCACAUCUUUCUACCACAAGGAAGGGGAAUUGUUCAACCAAAAGAGUCACAGAUAAAAACCCACCAUGGAGACUGGAACCAGUGAUAAUCUCAUUUU